GAAGUACAACCCAACUACAGUAUACUUAUAACAUCUCCAAGAACCCCUCAACCACCUCCAGCCCAUCUCUCCAGUCAAAUCUAAAUACCAUCCAUUCCCAAAAUGUCUCCCCCUUCUAAAUCUAAAACCCAACCCAUCCUCAUAAUCGGCGCCGGCGUCUUCGGCCUAACCACAGCCCUCGAGCUCUCCACCCGAGGCUACACCAACAUAACCCUCCUCGACCGCACCCUGCCCCCCGUGCCCGACGGCUCCAGCGUCGACGUCUCGCGUAUAAUCCGGCCCGACUACGCAGAUGCAUUCUACGCGCAAAUGGGGCUCGACGCCCUGAAUGGCUGGAAGGGCGAGUUCGCGCCGUUCUUCUACCAUAGCGGGCUGCUCUGCGUGCAGUCGCAGGGCUCGGCGGAGUAUCUUGAGCGGGCGAAGAAGAAUUUACAGGCUCUUGGUAACGGGGCUAAUAUUCAGACUUUCCGGGGUGGAGAGGCUAACGAGAAGUACCCCGGUAUUCAUGGCGAUUUGGCUGCUACAACCGGGUACUGGAAUCUGAGCGGUGGGUGGGCGGAUGCGGAGGGUAGCAUUGCGUAUCUUGCGCGGCGGUGCGCGCAGGCUGGUGUUUCUUUUAUAUCUGGGCGACAUGGGACUGUCACUUCCCUUAUCACCUCUUCCUCCUCCUCCUCCUCCUCCUCCUCCUCCUCCUCUUCACCAACAUCCACAACACCAAACAAACAAGGGAAAAGAAAAAUCCAAGCCGUGCGCACAGCAGCCGGGACGACCUUCUCCGCUCCCACAAUCAUCCUCGCCACAGGCGCCUGGACGCCCUACCUGCUCGACAUGAGCGGGCGAUCAAUUUCAACCGGUCAGCCGGUGGCAUUCAUCCAGCUGACACCGGAAGAAGCAGCCGCCAUGCGGGGAGAGCGCACACCCGUCAUGAUCGAUCUCAGCACGGGGUGGUUCGCGUUUCCGCCGACGCCGGGGACGAAUCUGCUGAAGAUGGCGAGGCAUGGGUUUGGGUAUGAGGUUGUUAGAUCGGUGUUUCCUUCUUCUUCUUCAUCAUCAUCAUCAUCAUCAUCAUCAUCAUCAUCAUCGUCUUCUUCUUCUUCUUCACCAUCUAGUCCUCCAGAUAAGUUCAGUGCUCCAAGUCUAGCACCCUCCAACAGCAGUAACAGCAAAACAACCCUCCCUCAAGACGCAGAACAAGCCCUCCGCGCAGGCCUCGCCCUCUUCCUCCCGCGCUUCAAAGACCGCCCUUUCGUGCAACAGCGGCUGUGCUGGUACACCGACACCCCAAAUGGAGACUUCAUCGUCGACUAUCAUCCUGAUUAUGAGGGAUUAUUCCUCGCGACUGGUGGGAGUGGACAUGCAUUCAAAUUCCUCCCCAUCCUCGGCCCCCGCAUCGCCGACAGCUUCGAAGGCAUUGCACCUUCAGCACAACGAAGCAAGUGGGCAUGGCCGGCUUCAAAAGCUGCUAUCUCGCGCGGGGAUGGAAGUCGGGGUGGACCGCCGAGGAGGGUGUUGAGGGGGGAGGAGGAGGAGGAGGAGAGGGCGAUGCUGUGACCUUUUCCCUCCUUCCUUCUUUCUGUCUUUCUUUCUUGUCUCUCUCUGGGCAGGGUAAAGGAUAAUAAGUGUCUGUCUUACACCUUUGACAGCUCAUGUGUGUUCAUUAAGUACCACUGCAAGUGAAAUGGGAUUGGAGAGGAGGUUGAUUUGGGUAUAUAUUAUAUAGGUUGUAGAUUAUAUAGAUUAUAUAAGAACAAGUUC